AUAUGUUUGAAAAUUUAUGGUUAUUAAUUUUGCAAAAAAAGUAAUUCAUUGAACUUUUAUAAUUAGGUCAUUCAAUACUUCAUAAUUGUAAUUUUUCAUCCCCCCCCCUUCUCGAAACUCCAAAAUGCCGGUAGUAAGUCCGUAAAAGUUUCAGGGGAUUUUUUGGGGUCCCACAAACACCCCUGUAUACAUGCUCAACAUUUUUUUUACCAAAUGAUGUAUGUGCUAGGUUUGAUAGCAAAUAGUCUGGCAUAUUGAGUGCCAUUGUGCACACAAAUGCACAUGCAGUCAUCUUUAUUUUUAGUAAAGAUUAAAAUGUUGAGUGAGGAACUGGCUGCCAAAAACAACUAUUUAUUAUAUUUUUUUGGAAUAAAAAUCUAUUCUUUGCUCUAGUAGUUUCUUUUUUAUCAUUUUCUUACAAAUAAAAUUUAAAUAAUUAUUUUUUAACUAUACAUUACCAUGAAAAUUAUUAAAUAUAUGUAACAUCAAAGAUUAAUCAUCACAUUCUGUUUCUGUUGCUUAUAAAAUGUUGUUUUCUUUUAUAGUAUUCUGAUAAAGCUUCAAAUCGAAAUGAAAUCAGUUUCGACAUGUUUGUUCAGCAUGUUGAGGCACACUUCUUUAAAAAGAAAAGAGAGGGGGAAAGAUUGAGGCUAUUUAUUAUUUUUAUUUUGCAGAAAGAAGAUGAUGAACCAGAAUAUAAGUUUGAAUGGCAAAGAAAAUAUAAUGCGCCAAGAGAAGACUAUGCUAAAGGGAAUACUGACAUCAAAGAUCAACCAUUUGGCAUUCCUGUGAGAAAUGUCCGUUGUAUCAAGUGUCAUAAAUGGGGUCACAUUAACACAGACAAAGAAUGCCCUCUUUACAGUCAAGCAAGUACUUCAUCAAUGCCAACUACUGCAAUGGAUCCAAUGGAAUUAAUGAAACAAAUGAGAGAGGAUGGAUAUGGUUUGAAAGAGAAUGUUCUGGGACACCAUUUAAAUCCUCAAGCUGUUAAUCAGCAAUUUAUUCCUAGUGAUGAAAGUGAUCCUGAAGCUGAAUUUCUAAAAUCCCUUUCAACUGCAGAUAAAAAGAAACUUCUGAGGAAGCUAAAGAAACUAUCAAAAAAGCAUGCAAAAAGUAAAAAGAAAAAAAGCAAAAAGCAUAAAGCUAAAGCAAAAGAUUCUUCAGACUCUGAUUCAAAUGACAAGAAGAAAAAGAAGAAGAAACAUAGUUAUAAAGAUUCUAGUAGUUCAAGUAGUGAGGCAUCCAGUGAUGAAAAUACUGAAAGGAACAGUAAAAAGCAUAAAAGCAAUUCACAUUAUAAAGAAGAGAAACGAAAAAAGCAACCUGAAGAAACAGAUAGUGAAGAUAAUGGAAAUGUGAAAAAAACAAAAAGGUCAAAGCACCAUACUCAAGAAAAAUUGGAUGAGGAGUUUAGCAGAAAAGCUCAUACUUUGAAAAAAAAUGAAUCUUUGAGGCCAGAUCAAAGUGAAAAAGAAAAAUAUGAAUCGAGCAAUAAGAGAGAAUAUGAAGAGCCGAAAAAGACCAAGAGAUCAAGCUAUUUAUCAUCAUCUUCAGAAAAUGAAGAACAAAAUAAUAAACAGAAAACAGGAACAAAGUCCUGUAAGCAUAAAGAUGAUGAGGAUGAUUUUGAACCUCAGACCACAAAAAGAAUCAAAACAGAAAAAGAUCAUUGGCGAAAUGAUACUGAUGAAUCAGAAUCAAAAACUACAGAACAGAAAAAUGAAAAGCCAGAGCAUCCAGAUGGCUUCAGUCAUAUUUGCCCACAAGCUAAAAUAGAAGCUAAUUACAUACAGCCUGAAGAAGAAUAUCAAGGCAAAGUGCACGACAGAUUUCGCCACUUAUACAGAGACAAGAGAUCUCCUUCUGUAAAGCAAAAAUAUAAUAAAUAACUGUAAUAUUAAUGAUUUUAUAUUUCUUGUAAAUAUGAACUUCAAACCGUAUCAUUCACAUGACCUGUAUAUUCUUUCAUAUGCCUCAUAAAGUAAAAGGAAUGAUUUAAGCCA